UAUUCGUAAAUGUAUCUAGUUGUUUUAGUUAAUUUAUUUGUUACACUAAAUCACAAAAUGUAUAAUCAAAUUGUUUUGAUUAUACAUUUAUUUUGUUUUGUGAAUAUUUCCAUAAUAAUCAUUGAAGGAGCAGACAAGUCAUUGAAUUUUAAAGAUGAAGAUAUUGGUGUUACAAUAUUUAAUGAGUUCAGUGAAGAUAAUAAGAUGACACUUAUACAAUUUUCAGCGGCUUUGAAUUUUAUCAAAAAAUCUGUAAACGGAAAUGAACUGGUAGGCGCGUUUAAUAACAUGAAAAAAAAAGGAAAGGAUUACAUAACUGUAUCAGCAUUUACAAAUUAUGAAAAAGUUAGUGAACAACUAAAUGAAUUAAACGCCUUAAAAAAUGCAUUUUAUAUGUUUUGCCCUACUGGGAGUGAAAUUGAUAAAACUACUCUUGCUCGAAGUCUGGAAAGCUUAUCCAAUAGUAGUGUAUGUACUGAAACUGAUUGCUUAAAUUUGAUAACAGAAAGUUGGCCAACAAAAACUUCUUUUAAUGUCCUAGAUUUUAUUAAAAUGGUAUUGGAGAAUGAUUAAAAAAAAAUUAUAAAUACAUAUAAAUACUAGUUCUAGUAAUUAUAAAUAAUUUUAAGCUAUUUAUUAUAUUACAAAAUUAAUAAACAAAAAUGUAUAGCAGAUGGUAUUGGCUUCUCGGGGUCGAACUAUAUUUAGUUAUCAAAUAAUAAAAUAUCCUACCUCUGUUAUAAUACAUACACCACUCAUUAAUCAGUAGUCUAUAUAUUAUUGUCUAUUAGUCAUCAAAUUAAAAAUAUAUUAUUCAUGUCAAUACUUUAAAUAAUUUCGAGAAAUAUGGCGAUACAAAUCUUAUGUAAUAACUAUAUGAAAUUCUUUAGUUGUGAUAAAUUAUCUAUUUUAAGUAAAA